CAUUCCGAUCAUACUGCCGUCCUACAAUCACUCUUUUUACAGUUUCAUUUGCGGUGAAGCAUUAUCAUUCUCAUACCACUUUCCAGCUCACCAAGACCUGUUCCAGCUUGAAAACGGUCGUGUUGCUAUUCCCUCCCCAUGAUGACUUUCUGGGCAGGAUGGCAGUCUUGGGAGCAAAUGGUCUUUAUACUGGCAUGUGCCAUGGUCAUUGUUAUCAUCGUGGGCGGUUUUGUCGCUUGGUUCAAUAGAUGGAAGAUGCGCUUCUACACUCAAGCUUCAACAGAAAUGGCCGAUCGAGCCCAAACCAUGUAUCGACAGGAAUAUGGUCAGAGUGAUGUGCUAUUUGGGGCUCGAGCACUGGAAAGUGGUGUUCUUGUUGAGGGCAUUUAUAACCCUACACAGCAAACACCUCCUCGCGAUUUGACGUCAUUCAAGGUUGAUUCCUCUUCGAUAAACACACCGAGCCCAUCGCCUCCGAGAGCACCCCGAAGUCAACAACGUCGCUAUACAGCCUACACACCUUUUUAACCAUCAUCAUGUAAGCAGCCUAGCCAAGUUGAUGUUCUGCCACAUUAGUGCUGGCGAGAACA